AUGGCGUUGAAGACGACGAUAGACCUCACCUGCAACGACUUCAUAUCGAACUUCGAGUUCGACGUGUUCACGAGGUUAUUCCAGCCCUGGAGCACGUUACUUCGCAACUGGCAGCUGUUGGCCGUCACUCACCCCGGUUACGUCGCUUUUCUCACAUACGACGAGGUGAAGGCCCGCUUGCAGAAGUAUAUACAUAAAACUGGAAGUUACGUGUUCAGAUUAUCGUGCACACGUCUCGGUCAAUGGGCGAUUGGCUACGUUACUGCUGACGGUGAGAUCCUACAGACGAUACCGCAAAACAAGAGUCUCGUGCAAGCUCUCCUCGACGGUUACAGAGAGGGAUUCUAUCUGUAUCCAGAUGGUCGGGAUGUGAACCCGGACCUUAGCAGUGCGAUAAUUUCACCGGCCGAGGACCACAUUACCGUGACACAGGAACAAUAUGAGUUAUAUUGUGAAAUGGGUAGCACGUUUCAGUUAUGCAAAAUAUGCGCGGAGAACGACAAGGACAUCAGGAUAGAGCCAUGCGGGCAUCUGUUGUGCACGCCGUGCCUUACUGCUUGGCAGAUUGACUCUGAAGGCCAGGGUUGUCCGUUUUGUCGAGCUGAAAUAAAAGGUACAGAGCAAGUUGUUGUCGACGCUUUUGUGCCACCGAGACCGCCUAACACUACCUCGGAAGCCAAAAACAAUAUUGUCAAGACUGCAGUGAAACCAGUGUCUUCAAAUUCAUCAGGGUCGUCGGGUUCGUCCGGUUGUAAUGGCUCAAGCACGGAAGUUACUAUAUCAAGUAAUGCAAACGGCUGGGCCUCCAGAAAUACGACAUUCAAUGGGCUGACUGAUGACAUCGACGAUUCAGAGGAUUGGGCGGAGUUUAACGCAGCGACCUCGACCAUAGACUCACUGCGUCCGGGAGUACGGUCGCCGAUAGCUUCGCCGCGACAUUCUCCGCGUGCGGUGAGACGCGUUGCCACUACCGCGGAGAACGCUUACGGGGAAUUACGCGCCCCACCGUUACCGCCUAGAAAAAGUCUAUCACCCGCAGAACCCACCAUUGCAGCAGCGUCCAGUGUACAGGAUAUCGCAGCUGCGUCAGCAUUAGAGCCCAGACGAAGAUCGUCUUUAGAACCGGAGCCCGAUUCGCGGCAUCGUUUGACUUCAGUCAUCACUGGCUCAACGGAGACAAUCACUGGACUCAUAGACACUAGACCCGAGGUGCCACCUGACCCCAGAGCUUUUGAAAAACCCCGACGAGCUUGCACCCCACAAUCAAAUAGCAGACCCCUGCCCGCCCCACCUCCCGAACCAGUACGGAAUCCCACCGAAGAGAGACAGACACUAACCGAGACCAAACACGAAACACGACAUGAAGCGAGAUCAGUGCCCAUUUCUGAAAACCGUCAGCUCGAUUCUCGACCUCCUGAGAGGCAGAACGACCGAGAUAGACCUACGCACGAAAACAGGCCAGAAAGACCCGUGCCUGUACCCGAAACGAGACAUUUACCCAACGAUAGAUUAACAGAUAGACAAUCUGAUCGACCGAACGAGAGAAUCUCGGAGAAUAGGCAAAUGGAACGACACGUAACGGAAGUGAGGCAGCCCGAACGACAUGUUAUCGAUCGGGACAGGCACGUGCCCAUGAAUGAAAGGCAUAUAGAAUUUAGGCAGCCACCUGAAAGACCGCCGGAUAAACCGGAUAGACAGGAAAGGAUACAGAAUGCGGAUAGAACUAGUUUUGAUAAUACUAGAAUUGAAAGUAGAGCACCCCCAAGGCAAAGAUCUCUGCCGUCUUCUACCAGUGUAAGUGUCGAACAACAGCCUACCAAAUCGAAGACCAUGCCAAAAUUCCCUUCUGAAGACGUUAAAGACCCACCGUAUGAAAACGUUAGCGUAGAGAAGAAUGAGUUGGCCGUUGCGCCAAAGAAAAUAAACCCGCUCACCCACGACAAACACGGAAGGAAGUACGGCGAUAACGUAUCCUACGAAAAUAUCAAUUUGGACUACAUUGCUCGAUUAGUUGGUGAAGGUUACCCCAAGGACAUAGUUGUUAGAGCAUUAGGAAUAACUAGGAACGACUUGGAGAUGGCGUGUGAUAUAUUACACGAAUUCGGGUCGAAAGUUCAAAACAAAUGUUAG